AUGGUCCUCGCCUCCGCCGGGUCUGAGGUCAAGGUCAGCAAGCUGAGAGAGGUGGGGAAGCUCGGGAAGUUCAUCAGCGGGAAGCUGCCGGAGUGGAGGGCCUACCGCAAGAACCUCUACGACUACCGAGCCAUCGGCAUGCCGGGUACGAAGAGGAGGUGCAAGGAGGCCGAUGAGAACAUCUCGGACACAGUCAGCUUCGAGUUCUUCCCGCCUGGCGCCUAUGAAGUGCGCCUCUACAAUGGCCGAGCCAGGGAGGAGAGGAACGUGACUUUCGUGAAUGUCGUGCAGAUCACGGGAGACUGCCGCGUGAAGGCUGGCUGUGGCACUCGGGGAGAGGCCGGGGUUGGGGCGAACCGGGCCUGCGUCUUCCCCUUCCGAUACGAUGGCGUCAUGUACACCGAGUGCACGAUGCAGAAGGCUUCAGAAAAGUGGUGCGCUACCGAAACAGAUGCAAACGGUCACUACAUCUCCGGACGAUGGGGCCACUGCAAUGAUGCAUGUGCCAAGGACUCUGAGUCAAGCGAAGUGGAGGUGCCGGUGACAUACAGCAAGGUUGGGGCAGGUGUCUCUUGCGGCACGGAAGCCUACCGAAGCUCGGACUCCCCAGCGCAGUGCCGCGAGUGGUGUACGCAGCGAGACGACUGUCAGGCCUAUGUGACUGUCGAGGACAGCCCAUGUGACAGUUGCCUCGCGUUUACGGAGAACGACUGCUCCCUGGAGUACCAGAAAGCCAGCAACUGCACGGGCCAGAUCUCUGCAUACAACAAGAUGGUCUCGCCGGGGAAGAAAAAGGCGAUGACCAACGAGGAGUGCACUGCCACCUUCACCUACAAGAACUGCAAGGACGGCCAGGACGACCGCGACAUCACCGUGGGCUUCACGGCCACCUACGAGGGCUACCCUCUGACCUACCGCGUCGAGUAUGGCGCCGAAGGGGGCGACAACUCCUUGGGCUGCCGCGGGAGCUACCGCGAUGCAGACUUGAAGUUCAUGGAUGCGCAAGGGGAGAAUAAAGUGGUCACGCUGGUGGACAACGAUGUGGCAGCGUUGGAAGUCAGCAACCUCCGCUUCAGCAGCAACUGUCCGAUGAAGAAGGCGCCGAGCAAGGAGGCUUGCAGUGUGACUUUCUUCUACAGGGACUGCGGCAACAGCGCCCAGAACCAGGAUCGGACGGUGACCUUCGCGGCGUACUUUGUAGAAGAGAUGUUGGGUUACAGCCUGGACUACAGCAAUGAAGGCGGCACCAACACGGAUGGCUGUGGCGGAACUUUCCGCGACGCAAGCCUCAACUUCGUGGAUGCCAACGAGCAAGAGCAGACUGUGGUGCUGGUGGACAAUAGCGGACCGGCGGCUGAAGUCAGCAACUUCCGCUUCAGCAAGAACUGUCCCAUGAAGCAAGUGACGCUGCCGACCGUGGCAAACGUGAAGCCGGACUGGUCAAAGCCGCUGGGAUCCGUCAUGACGGCGCUGAGCAGCCCUACGCACUCCAAUGGCCCGAUCCAAAAUCUGCUGGAUGCAAGCAGCGACACCUAUGCCAACUUCGGAGGUCCAGAUUGGAGCUUUCCGACCUGGGUUGUGUUCGAUUUGCACAGCACGAUUCAAGUCGCUGGCCUCGAGAUGAAAGCCGCCAACGCGGUCGAAAGCCCGAAGCUGUUUGCCAUCAGCUUCAGUGAUGACUCGACGGCUGGCCCGUGGCAACCAGUGGACACCUUCCGCAUCCACGCCGAGUGGAACGGAGUGAAGCGCUGGCCCUUCGCUGGCUCCUACGCAGGCCGCUUUUGGAAGCUCAGCUUCCUGGAGACCUUCGAUGGUGCGGCUCCCACCAUCAACUACGUGCGCCUCUACCCGCCGGAAGGUGCCCUCAACGAGCAGCCACCCGCAGCCUCCCUCGCGCCGAAGUACAACACUGUAAGGGUGAAGAUGGGAGCGAAGUCGGUGGAGGCCGGCCUCCAGCAUCUCAUCAUCAUGGACAUCCUCGCCUUCGAUGCCUCAGGGAACCAGCUGCAGAUCAUGGAGCUCCAGGUCUUUGCGGACAAGAACGGCGCGGAUGCGAUUGCUCCCGGAACCUACACAGGUGGCAUGGCCAUGGAGGCGGUCACUGAUGGGUCCCACACGACUUUGAGUGACGGCGGCUGGGUCAAUGGCGAGCGCGGGCGCGACCCACACAUCGGUGUCCAUGGCAUCACCGCCGUGGGCAGCGAGCUUUUCGAGAUCGUGGCGGAUGGCGACAUCGUGCGCUUGCAGGUCGACUUCUGCCGCAAGAACGACGCUCCGGCACUGCGCUUCGUGAGGGGCGAUGGCGCCGAGUCCAUCAGCGACCAGCAGACUGGUAUGGAAGGCGUGUCCGAGCAAGUUCACUUCCCUUCGCCGCCGACGACACUGUGGGGCCAUCGCCUCUUCGACUCGGAGGAAUCCCAGUGGAAGGUGGGCGAUGAGCUCCUGCCCCCGAGUCUCCCCAGCGGCUGGAACUACGCCUUUCCGUCCUUUGCCACUGGCCUCUGCAACGCAAAAGUCCUGCGGGUGCAGCGGAAAGUCCCCAGCAGGGUGGCCUGCGAGAAGAACUGCGCAGAGUCCACCUCGUGCCAUUACUUCGCCUUCUCGUCAGGAGGAGGCGAGUGCCGCUACUUCCCAGCCUGCGACCUCGAUGGGAUGAACUCCACCGCCGAUUUCACUACGUACAAGAAGACGCUCAGCUGUGCCACCGCCAUCGCCACGGCGGCCGAGUCCGCCCUUAGCCCGCCACUCCCGGGCUCGAAGACUCGCCACCAGUGCCAGGCGGCUUGCUCCUGGCAGGGGUCCUCGUUCACAGAGUGGAGAAAGGAUGCCGACGUCACUGUUUGCCGCUGUGGCUUCCCAGGCACCUCGUACCACCAGGUGCUGAUCGACCGGGGUACCAACAGGAAGCCCUAUGACAGUCAUCCUGAGGUCUCCCCUUGCAACGACCUCGAUUCAUGGAGCCACGGCUGGUGCGUCCUGGAGAUCUGCCCCUCCACGGAGGAGGCGACCAGCGAGACGGAGUUCUCACCCUUUGGCGCAGGUGGCCACUGCAAAGAGGGGCUGCUGCGGAAGACGAAGGCCCUGCCCAGCAUCGGCGGCUGCCAGAAGCUCUGCGAGCGGGAGGCGGACUGCCGCUACUUCUCCUACAAUGAAGGAGGGACGGACACUUCUGAGUAUGGCGCCUGUGUUCGCUACGCCAAGUGCCAGGAGGAGUCGCUGGUCGCGCCUGGCAAUACCAUGUUUGCCACGUUCGCGAAGAGCUCCAAGGGCCGGGACAAGCCCCCUUCCUGGCGGCUCUUCACCACUUCGACCUUUCGCCGCGGGGCCAAGCAAGAGCGAAACUGCUGGAAAAUCUCCAAGCUCCAGUUUUUCGCCAGCGAAGACUGCAGCUCAUUGGAGUUUGGGAUCGCACCUGGAAAGCAGAUCGCAAGUGGCUUAGCCCAAGGUUUCGACCUGAGCCACGUCUUCGGUCAGGAGGGAACUGCGGCAGAGCUCCGCUCGGCUGAUGGCGACUUCGGAUCGAGCGAGGUAUGGAUUGGUGCCCGGGAGCUGGGCGGUGUCCGCUGCAUCCGGUUCGAGCAGGAUCCGCAUAAGAUCGAUGGCUGGAAGGGCGUUUUGUGGCAGCUGAACAGUUGUCUACAUCCCUUACUUGGCCUGCUGGGAUGA